AUGUAGGACCGGAAGUGUGUGUGUGUGUGUGUGUGUGUGUGUGUGUGUGUGUGUGUGUGUGUGUGUGUGUGUGUGUGUGUGUGUGUGUGGACGCUGUGUGUUGACGUGCUCAGGUGUGUUCCCGCCGUUCGACAUGGGGCUUGUUUACUCUGAGCCGACCUGUCGCUCAGCGUACAGCGGAGACGUCCGUCAGCUCUAUCGCCUCCUUAAUGAGGACCCCAACAACCUGAAUGUCCAGGAGGGACGCACCGGGGACACGCCCCUCAUUGCCGCCUGUCGUCGUGGCAAACCGAGGGUGGUCAAAUACCUGUUGGACAACCGGGCCAACGUCCACCUGACCAAUAAGAAACAGAGGACGUGUCUCCACUACGUGUCCAAGAGGACGUUUUCUCUGCUCGACUACCUGAUGAUCUGCGUCCUGAUGCCCGUCCUGCUGCUCGGCUACUUCCUCAUGCUGCAGAAGCAGAGGCAGAAUGUGAAACUGAUGGAAGUCUUGCUGAGCAGCAAAGUCAACGUCAACGCUGUCGACUAUAAAGGAAACACGGCUCUUCACUACGUCUGUCAGAGGAAGAGUCAUCGUCUGGUUCCUCUGCUGCUUCAUAGAAACGCUGACACCAGCGUCAAGAACAACGAUGGCGAGACGCCGCUGGACAUUGCCACCAGACUGAAGUUCAAACAGAUCAUCAACAUGUUGAAGAUACAAUGAUGGACAGACAGAUACAGACAGACACACUUAAAGACAGAGAGAGAGACAGACAGA